AUGCUUCGAAUCGAUAGUUUUGUUUUUAAAUUUCAGCCGCCCAAAAAGGACUCGAAGGGGUCCUCCAAGCAACCCCAGAAAACCCAAAAGAAGAAGGAAGGUGGAUCCGGUGGCAAAGCCAAGAAAAAGAAGUGGUCCAAGGGAAAAGUUCGUGAUAAGCUCAACAAUCAGGUGUUGUUUGACAAAGGCACGUAUGAUAAAUUGCUGAAGGAAGUGCCACAGUAUAAAUUGAUCACUCCAUCGAUCGUGAGCGAAAGAUUGAAAAUCAGAGGAUCCUUGGCUAGGCGAGCACUGAUUGAGUUGCAGCAAAAAGGACUUAUAAAGCAGGUCGUUCAACAUCAUGCACAACUAAUCUACACGCGUACGACUAAGGGAGACGAUCCCGCUGCGUAAGGCCUUUUUUGUACUUUCAUGCAAUAAAAGUACGUAACAAUUA